UUUUUGUUUUUUUUUUUUUUUUUGCAGAGGUUCUUGCACUUAUUGUCUUUUCCCCUUGAUCUCAAGCAUUUGCACAUUAGCACUUACUGAAAUACUUUGUGGUACAUUUAGAGCAAAGCAAAUUAAGACCUUGCAGUUAAAGAUAGUUCAGCUCUGUAGCUGGCUCCACUUGUACAGCAGUUCAGUACACUAUAAUAUGUAGACACUAUUGGCACUGGCAGACUGUUCAUCAUCUGUCUGACAGUGGGUCAACGCUGCAAGCAAAACAGCGCUUGGCUCCUUGAAUUCAAGAAUCUAAUAUUUCCUGCUCAGUAAGACCUGCAACCAGGAAGUCAAGGUAGUUUACACCUGAAGGGUACUUGGACAAAUCUAGGACACCUAUUAACUUGAGUCAAUCUGGAGUUCUUGUGAAAAGCUGAGCAUUUGCUUCCUGGCUGCUGGGAAAAGUUUCUGCUUUCAGGUUAUCAGAGAUGGUGAUUUGAAGAAUCAGGUGUCCGAUAUGAACAAAGCAAAAACGUCAUCUGAAAAAAGUGUUUCUACCAGUUCUCGGACUAUGUCUCUGCUGUCACAGCUGGAGAAGAUCAAUUUGGAUUCUGUAUUAGGAGAAGCAGACAAUGCCAGAUAUGUUACCUCAAAGAUCCUUCAUCUGGUUCAGAGUCAAGAAAAAACCAAGAAGGAGAUGACUUCUAAGGGCUCCACUGGAAUAGAAGUUAUCCUGUCAACCCUAGAGAAUACAAAAGAUCCUCAAACUAUUCUAAAUAUAUUGAAUAUCCUUAUUGAGAUUGUCUCAGUUGGUGGCGGUCGGAGGGCAGGCGUCUUAGUCACUAAAGGAGGGACACAGAUCUUAUUGCAGUUGCUUUUGACUGCCAGCAAAGACUCUCCACCAAAUGAAGAAUUAAUGGUGCUUCUUCAUACUCUUCUUGCAAAAAUUGGUCCAAAAGACAAAAAGAUUGGCAUGAAAGCAAGAAUUAAUGGUGCCCUAAACAUAUCAUUGAAUUUAGUGAAGCAGAAUUUGCAAAACCACAGGCUAAUAUUGCCAUGUCUUCAAGUAUUAAGAGUUUACUCAACCAACUCUGUUAAUGCAGUGUCCUUGGGAAAGAAUGGAUUAGUAGAACUGAUGUUUAAGAUCAUUGGCCCUUUUAGUAAAAAGAACACUAGCCUUAUGAAGGUUGCUUUAGACACACUUGCUGCAUUGCUAAAAUCAAAAACAAAUGCCAGGAGAGCAGUAGACAGAGGAUAUGUGCAAGUGCUUUUAACAAUUUAUGUUGAUUGGCACCAUCAUGAUAGUCGACACAGAUACAUGCUGAUACGUAAAGGAGUUUUACAGUGCAUUAAAAGUGUUACAAACAUCAGACUGGGAAGAAAAGCAUUCACUGAUGCCAACGGAAUGAAAAUUCUUUACAACACUUCACAAGAGUGCCUUUCAGUAAGAACUCUUGAUCCUCUUGUCAACACAUCCAGCCUAAUAAUGAGAAAAUGUUUUCCUAAAAAUCGUCUUCCUUUACCAACUAUUAAAAGUGCUUUCCAUUUCCAACUCCCAGUUAUUCCUGCCAGUGGUCCUGUGGCUCAGCUGUACAAUUUGCCUCCUGAUGUGGAUGAUGUAGUAGAUGAAAGUGAUGAUAAUGAGGAUACUGAAACAGAACCAGAAGUUGAAACCGAAAAUGAUGAUGAUAAGGACCAACAUUUUAAGAAUGAUGAUAUAGAGACUGAUAUUAAUAAACUGAAACCUAGACAGGAAUUGGGAAGACCCAUAGAAGAACUGAAAAUGUAUGAGCAAUUUUUCCCGGAACUUUUGGAAAACUUUCAGGAAUGUGACUUAAUUUCCAAGGAACCAAAGCCUUUUGUACCUGAUGCAAAUCUGAGUGGACCUAGACCUAUUGUUGUUCCUACAGCAGGAGAAGAGCACUCUGCUGAAGCAAACAAGUCAACAAAAGGAGUUUCUUUGAAGGAGAGCAAUCCUUUAUUGACAGAGGAAUACAAUAGAAGGCCAGCCUUUCUGGAACUACCAAAGAAAGAUACUAUUAAAGACAGUAGUCAGCAUGAGCAAAAUGAUCAAAGAAACUUGCUUCCAUCAUGCCAGUGUCUAAGCCAAGAAAUUGUAAAAGGAUUGGACAGAAUCAGUCUGCAGAACAGUGCGAAAAAUGAUCAGUAUUAUGGUACUGGGUGUGUAACAAAGAAGGAAAGCAAAACUGGCCUUACCACACUUGCUUGUAGUAAACCUUGUGAACAUGUUUCACCCUGUGGAAGUAGCCUCUUUGAAGGAUCAUCUGUCCAGCUGGGAAAACUCUGCUGCACUGGAGUGGAUUCAGAGGAGGAGGAUUCCAGAUCUAGUUCAUCGGGGGAACAAGUCAUGCUUGAAGUUUCUGAUGUAUCACCAGUUCAUGACUGUGAUCUUUAUAUUGAAAUGGUAAAAACCACAAAGUCUAUUCCUGAAUAUUCAGAAGUGGCCUAUCCAGAUUAUUUUGGCCAUAUUCCACCCCCAUUUAAGGAGCCUAUUCUGGAAAGGCCAUAUGGGGUACAGAGGACAAAAAUCUCUCAAGAUAUAGAAAGACUGAUUCAUCAGAGUGACAUUAUAGACAGAGUUGUGUAUGACCUUGAUAAUUUGAGUUAUUCAAUACCAGAGGAAGCAGAUGUUCUGAAGUUUAAUUCCAAGUUUGAAUCUGGAAACCUGCGUAAAGUAAUUCAGAUCAGAAAAAACGAGUAUGAUCUAAUUCUGAAUUCGGACAUAAAUAGCAAUCAUUAUCAUCAGUGGUUUUACUUUGAAGUAAGUGGAAUGAAAACUGGCAUUGGUUACCGGUUUAACAUCAUCAACUGUGAAAAGUCAAACAGUCAGUUUAACUACGGUAUGCAGCCCCUCAUGUAUUCUGUUCAAGAAGCUUUAAAUUCUCGACCAUGUUGGACUCGUGUUGGGACAGAUAUUUGUUACUAUAAGAAUCACUUUUCAAGAAGUUCAAUUGCUGCUGGAGGUCAGAAAGGAAAAUCUUACUACACAAUUACGUUCACAGUGACUUUCCAACAUAAAGACGAUGUCUGCUACUUUGCUUACCAUUAUCCAUAUACAUACUCAACAUUAAAGAUGCAUCUUCAGAAGCUGGAAUCUAUGCACAAUCCUCAUCAGAUAUAUUUUCGACAAGACAUUCUCUGUGAGACCCUGGCUGGCAACAGUUGUCCCUUAGUCACUAUUACAGCCAUGCCAGAGUCCAAUUACUAUGAACAUAUCUGUCAGUUUAGGAAUCGUCCUUAUGUUUUCCUGUCUGCUCGUGUACAUCCUGGAGAGACUAAUGCAAGCUGGGUUAUGAAAGGAACACUGGAAUACCUUAUGAGCAAUAAUCCAAGUGCCCAAAGUUUACGAGAAUCUUAUAUUUUCAAAAUUAUUCCCAUGCUCAAUCCAGAUGGUGUCAUCAAUGGCAACCACCGUUGCUCUUUAAGUGGAGAAGAUUUAAACAGACAGUGGCAAAAUCCAAAUCCAGAUCUGCAUCCCACUAUUUACCAUGCUAAAGGGUUACUGCAAUAUCUGGCUGCUAUAAAACGUUUGCCUUUGGUCUACUGUGAUUAUCAUGGUCACUCUCGUAAAAAGAAUGUAUUCAUGUAUGGCUGCAGCAUCAAAGAGACAAUGUGGCACACAAAUGUUAAUGCUGCCUCUUGUGACCUGAUGGAAGACCCUGGUUAUAGGGCACUCCCCAAGAUCCUGAGUCAAACUGCCCCAGCAUUCUGCAUGGGCAGCUGCAGCUUUGUAGUGGAAAAGUCCAAGGAAUCAACAGCGCGAGUUGUUGUCUGGAGAGAGAUAGGAGUACAAAGGAGCUAUACAAUGGAAAGCACGUUAUGUGGAUGUGACCAGGGCAAAUAUAAGGGAUUGCAGAUAGGGACAAGAGAACUGGAGGAGAUGGGAGCUAAGUUCUGUGUUGGCUUAUUGCGUUUAAAAAGAAUGGCCUCACCUUUGGAAUACAAUCUGCCUUCUAGUCUGUUGGAUAUUGAAAAUGAGCUGGUUGAGUCAAGCUGUAAAGUGACAAGCCCCACUACAUACGUUUUGGAUGAAGAUGAGCCUCGCUUCCUUGAAGAAGUUGAUUACAGCGCAGAGAGUAAUGAUGAUCAAGACAUUGACUUAGCUGAUAAUGCAGGUGAUUAUGAGGCAACUAAUCAAGAAGAUGGACUUUCAGACUCAGAUUCAACAAGGAUACUCCUUUCUUGAACCAUCUGUGCAGCAAGUAACAGGAAAUAAACUGUCUUGGAUUUUUUCAGUCAAAUACUUCCUUGCUUUUGGCUACCAAGGGGAUAUUAUUAAGGAAACACAAAUCAUAGAAUUAUCAUAGAAUAGUUUGGGUUGGAGGGGGCCUUAAAAAUAAUCGUAGUUCCAAUCUCCCUGCCAUGGGCAGGGACACCUUCCACUAGACCAGGUUGCUCAAAGCCCCGUCCAACCUGGCCUUGAACACUUCCAGGGAGGGGGCAGCCACAGCU